AUGUAUGCAAGAGGUUCGCCAAAGUUCAACAUGAUGCAAGCUACAUUUAAGCAAAGGAAGUUGUCACCAAGAGGUGGUGGUGUACAUAAGAGAGCAUCACCUAAAGCAACACAGCAAGUGGUUCGCAAAAGAGCAAAUUGGAAUCUAGGACUUGAAAAGGGUUUGGUUUACACAUUUUCUUUCUCGAGGUUGCAAAUUCAAGAGAAAGAGAAGGAACUGAAGAGGGAUUACAACCUACUCAAAGAAGCUAAAAAACAAAGUGGGGUACAUUGGAAUGAAGUUUUGGGCCUUAUUGAAGCUGAACCCCCAAUUUGGGAUAACAUAAUCCUGUCCUAUCCUAAAGCUAAAAAGUUCCAGACCAAGCCUUUUCCCUUGUUUGAUUCACUUGGAGAGUUGUAUGAUGGACAUGUAGCCGAGGGAUCCUUGAACUUCACAUCUCUUGAGCCAACAACAUUAGAACCAGCAAGGGGCACAAAAGUCGGUGCUAGUGAAGACUUGGAGCUUGACGACAACAAUUCUGCACAAUUUGCCAAUUUUGAUGAUGAUAACAGUGAUGAUGAAGUGAGGAUCUUGCAACAGUCCGAACCAAGAUGUGUUGCUACUAUGGGAUCAAAUAGGCCUAGGCCUGCUGCAACAAGGUCUGGAAAAGAACCUGCUGCAACAAGUUUAGGAAAAGAACCUGCUGUACCAAGAUCAAGAAAAGAACUUAAUGCAACAAAUGGAGGAGUCAAGGUUGGGAAAAGACAGAAUCAAGAAAAUAUCACUGGCAUGUUGACGAAUUACAUGGAAAUGAAAGCAAAGCAAAUUGAAGAGGAGGCUGCCGAAAAAGCAAAGACUGUAGCAGAAGAAGCUGAUUACUCUAUCAAAAAUUGCAUAAGUCUUAUGAACAGUAUUGAAGAACUCUCUAGUGAGGAAAAGGCUGAAGCUUUUGAUGUGUUCAAGGAUGCACAAAACAGGCAGAUCUUCAUGACUGCGGAACCUGUUGCACGCCUAAUAUGGCUGAGGAACAAAAUGCGGAAAGGGAGAUGUUAAUUCUGUAUUGAGGGGUGGUUCUACUUUGGCUUGAGGGCUAACUGAUGCAUAUCAAGAGGUUUUGGUAGCAGACGACUUAUUUUGGUUUAGGGCUACUGAUGCAAAUCUAGAGGUUUUGGUAGCAGGCGACUUCUUUUGUUUCAGGGCUACUAAUGCAUAUUAGGAGCUUUUGCAGGGGACGUGUUUCUAAUUUUUUAACCUGGUAAUUAUGCAUGAGUAACUCCUUUGUGGGCAUUUUGAGAGCAAUCUGCUUGUCUUGUACUAGGGCAAUGUACUGCCAAAAGUUAUUCCUUUCAGAUUGUGCAGAACUAAGUGUUUGUGAGGCAUGCCAUAUAUGCAGUUCGCACUUGAGCCAUUCAAAUAAUUUCACUGAUCCUCAUAUUGGUGAGAGCUACUUCUACA